AUGAGCUGGACCAGAGCAAUCGAGACUAUACAUAACGGCCUGGACGGAUACACCUACUACUCUCAAGAGUCUUCCCAGCAGCUUCAGACACUCACCAAGGCUCUGUCCGAAUGUUUCCAUCAGCUGGUUGAAGUUCACAAUCAGCUACCGCUUCUCUUCGCUCAGAUUACCGCAAGUUUUCAUCCCGCUGACCUCUGGGAUAUGAACAUCCAUAUCAACCCGAGUACAGGAGCAGCCAUCACGGGCAUAGUGGACUCCGUCAUUUCAUACUGGGUUGGAAACCCUGCUACUGGGAAUAUGCAAGCCAGGGAGGAUGCAUAUUAUCUCUACCAUGACGUAGAACAUGAUAUCCUUCUAAACCCGGCAUUUGUUCACUGGAUUGGCUUGGUGCUGCAAUAUCGCUGCAGUGGCGUCCCACUUGGUACAGUUCAAUUACCGCUUUCAUUGAAAAGGCUUUUCUCUCCUAUCUUGGACUUUCUGUUGAACAUUGCAGCGGAUAUCUCCACGAAGCUCAGUGCCACCUAG